GCUGUCUACAAGGCCUGGCUGUGCUCCGAGUACUUCAACGUGACCCAACAACAGUGCCGACAGCGGAUCCCAUGCAAGCAAUACUGCCUGGAGGUGCAGACCAGGUGCCCCUUUGUGUUACCGGACAAUGACGAGCUGAUCUAUGGAGGUUUGCCUGGCUUCAUCUGUACGGGGCUGCUGGAGAACCAGCUGCCCGACGAGGAGGCCAAGUGCUGCGAGGUGCAAUGGGACUCCUGCGACCACCCCCCAGACAGCAACGAUGACACAUCCCCCAAAUCCACGGCCUCAGAGUCGCUCCAUUUCCACCGCCACGACCCCCACGUCCAUCACCAGCGGCAGAACCACUACCAUCUCUACCACCACCACCACCACCAGUACCACCAGUACCACCAGCCCCGCUCCCCAUCCUUGCUGCCGGUCUCCGCAGGGUCUCGCCUCGGCAGCAGCAGGAUCAGACUGUGCGUGCUGGUCCUGAUGCUUCUCCACACCAUGGUGUCCUUCUCGAGCGUGCAUGGCGGUGGUGCAGCCGGGGGGCUCGGCCUGGAGGCCCCGCCCGCCCUGGAGGAGAGCGUGGCACGGGACGAGUGACACGGAGGGCAGGGCCGACCUCCACGGAGAACGCCAGAUCUUUUUCCACUAAGGGGGGCACAUGCUAUUCCUCCAAUGGGAGGCACGGGAUUGGGGGUGACGCACGCGCACCCCCCAAGAGCUGCUCGCCGCGGGGCAUCCCCGUGAUGAAGAGUCUCUAACGCGCACAGGGCUGCGGGACCCGGCGCUGAGAAGGGUUCGGUCAGUGGCAGC